AUGCACAGGCACGGCAUGAAUACUUCUCUGGGUGUUCGCUUCUCUAUUCUCUUGUUGUUGUCUGAAAUUGUAGGAUUAUGCUUUUGUGGAAAUUCAAGCGUGGGAUGCUUAGAACAAGAGAGGCAAGCUCUUCUCAAGUUCAAAGCAACCCUCACUACUGAUCCAUCAGAUAGGCUUUCUUCUUGGAAUUCCAGUGAUUGCUGCCACUGGAAUGCUGUGACCUGUGACAGAGUUACUGGCCAUGUUCUCAAACUUGAUCUCAGGAAUCCAUGUUAUAGCUUACCAGUUGAAACUUGUGACUUUGGCCAGCAAUCUGUGGGAGGUUUACACGUUGAUGAAUCUCUUGUGCAAUUGGAACGCUUGAGUUACUUGGACUUGAGUGGAAACCAAUUUCAUGCUGCUCCAAUUCCUCUCUUCUUUGCUUCGAUGCAUCAGCUGAGAAAUCUCUCUCUCUCUAAUGCUAAUUUUAGCGGCAAGAUUCCGCAUAAUCUUAGCAACCUCACCAACCUACUCCAUCUUGAUCUCAGCCUCAAUGAUUUCCAACUCAGUGACAUGAACUGGGUUUCUAGGUUUCGGUCACUGCGAAGCCUUGACAUGCAUGACGUCGACCUCGGGAAAACACAUGAUGUAUUCCAGGUAUUUUACAAGCUUCCUUCUCUAUCUUAUUUGAAUUUAGCUGAGUGUGGAAUUCACUCCCUGAUCCCUCCUCCUCAUCACUCUCCUAAUUUCACCCACCUUCCAAGGAUUCAAGUGCUCGAUCUUACUUACAAUUCACUUGAAAGUCGCAGUCUUGAUGUUUUCCAAAACCUGACUUCUGUUAGAUUUCUUUACCUUAGUUUCAACAAUCUCAGUUCAUUGCCAUUGUGGUUCAGUAAAUUUGAUAAGCUUGAGGAACUAAAUGGUGCUUACAAUGGACUUCGAGGUCCGCUUCCCCUUGUUCUCAAAAAUUUGUCUUCCAUAAGAGUCCUUGACCUUUCUUCCAACCAUCUUACGGGUUCUGUUCCAUCUUGGUUAGAACAUGUGCCGUUUAAAAACAUUAGAUUUCUCAACGAACAACUUCCACGGAAAGCAUUUGGGAACUUUGAAUCUGGAUGUGUCACGUAUGAUCUUGAGCAGCUUGACUUGAGCUCGAACACAUUUAAUGACUCAUUACCGAGCUGGUUAGGGGAGCUUGAAAAUCUAAAGGAGCUUCAUAUAUCUGAAAGCACAUUCUAUGGUCCCAUUCCCUCUUCUCUCGGGAAAUUGUCACAGUUGGCAAGACUUGAACUUGUUAACAAUCAUAUGAAUGGAACAAUUCCUGAAAGUCUCACACAGCUUGUGAAUCUAACUUUCUUGCGUCUUGCCGGAAAUCAAUUAGAAGGGUUUAUUCCAAGCAGUCUCUCACAGUUGGUGAACCUGACUUUACUUGACCUUUCAAACAAUCGUCUCAGAGGCACCAUUCCCCGAAGCUUGGGCCAACUUGUGAAGUUGCAAUACCUUGGUCUUGCCAAUAAUGGUUUACAUGGUGACAUUCCCGAUAAUUUUGGCCAACUUGUAAAACUAGUUGAAUUAGAUCUUUCUCUAAAUAGUUUGAAAGGGUCAGUAUCUGCUUUCGAGAGAUGGUCAUUUGAGCAGCUCACAAUACUGAAUCUCUUUGGAAACAGCAUUAGCGGAUCAUUGCCUAAAAAUAUUGAUGAGAUAAUGCCUGGGUUGGUGUAUUUGCUUGUUGGGAAUAACUCCAUGAAUGGUUCAAUACCAAACUCAUUGUGCAAAAUUUCCACCUUGUUUCGACUUGAUCUCUCAAGGAACAAAUUUUCAGGUGAAAUUCCAGAUUGCUGGCAGGAUAAUCAAGGGUGGGAUGAAAUAAACCUGUCGUCCAACAAACUAUCAGGUGGUAUUCCAAGCACAUUUAGUAAUCUUUCCUCCCUGUUGUGGUUGCAUUUGAACAAUAACAGCCUUCAUGGGGAGCUUCCAAUGUCUUUAAUGAAUUUAAAGCAACUGGUGAUUAUUGAUGUCGGUGAGAAUCAAUUUGUCGGAAGAAUACCACCGUGGAAUGGGGACACUUUUCCCAUGUUACAAAUUCUUAGACUACGACAAAACAAGUUGACCGGUAGAAUUCCUUCACAGCUUUGUCAACUCCCAUCACUUCAGAUCUUGGACCUUGCAAGUAACAACUUAACGGGUUCAAUACCUCACUGCAUUGGUAAUCUUAGUGGGAUGAUUAAAUCCAACAGGUCAAAUGAAGCCAAGGUAAAAUUUGAUUUCAAUUUUUUCACAACAGACUUCACUGAUGAGUGGCCUGCCGAGGAUGUUAAACAAGUUGUGAAGGGGACAGAACUUGAUUACAUCAAAAUAUUGAAGUUUGUGGUGAACAUGGAUCUUUCUGAUAACAAUCUGGUAGGAGUUAUUCCUAAAAGUAUAACUCAGCUCACUAGACUGCACGGCUUAAAUCUGUCGCACAACCAUUUCAAAGGAAAGAUUCCCGAAAGAAUAGGAGAUAUUAAAUCACUUGAAUCUUUUGAUAUCUCUUGUAAUAAUUUUUCUGGUAGAAUUCCAGAGACCAUGCCUACUUUAACCUCAUUGAGCCACUUAAACUUGUCAUACAACAAUCUUUCAGGACCAAUUCCAACAGAAAACCAGUUUUUGACUUUGGGCGACCAACGGAUUUAUGCUGGCAACCCUUAUCUUUGUGGAUUUCCACUUCCAAAUAAGUGUAAUGGAGGUGAUUUGGAUGAUCAUGCUCAUAAAAGUGAAGGCUCUAGAGAUGACAAGGACGACAAGGAUUCUGAGAAAGUGUGGUUUUAUUUUGUCAUAGCUGCUGGGUUUGCGAUUGGCUUUUGGUCAGUCAUUGGGACUCUCCUGUUAAAGAAGAGAUGGAGAUAUGCUGUGUUUCGCCGAGUAGAUGAUGUGGCAGAUGACAUAUAUGUGUCCGUCGUAUUGAAAGUAGCAAAGCUCAAGAGGAUGAUGAGAAAUCAUGUUGAUGUUUGACCCCCUCCUAGUUUUGUGUCCCUUCUCUUUUUAUUGUAACCAAGUGAUGUAUUAUGCGUGUUUGCUAGCUUGUUGGAAUAACUGUGCUUUUUUGUUAAUUUAUGUAAUCUUUGUUUUAUACUCCUCCUGUCCUAAAUAUAAAAUUCA